AUGACGACAGCCCUGGGGAAGCCGACGAGGGUGCAAUUGUCGAACGUGCCGUACGCACAGCACCUGGAGAAGAACAUCAUCUCGUACGGGCUAUUAGAAUUCAAGGGCUACGUACAGAGCACAGGGGGUGCCGAUUCCAGUGCGUCGGAUUCGCCGUCAGAUGAAUCAGAUGUAAGGAAGAUCGCCUCCACGAAAGGUCGGAUUCUCGAAAGGUCACAUUUGUGGAUUCAUCUUGAAAAGGCGGCUCAUUUCGAAAUUUUCCUGCCCGAGCUCAAGUCAAGAGAGCUCCGUGAACAGGACUACGUGACUGCUGUAGCCGAUCAGGUAAUUGCGAGGAUGAAGAACUAGCUUGGCUCGAUCCUUCAGUUACCUCGGGCGAGGGCGAGCGAACGCGAGCUUGAGCCUCACUCCGUCCAUACACGCUCUGCAAACGCCCGCCGAUCAGGCGGGGCUGUUGUAGCGAGCGAGCGAAGCGAAGCGAGCGCUGCAACCCGAUAUUUUUUUUUCCUAGACA